AAGAAUGUUUUUUUUUUUUCUUUUUCCCCACUGGCGACGACGAAGCUGUGCAUUUUUUUUCCCCGCUCGGAAAACAGAGCUAUCCUUUUACCUCAAUCAGCUAAUCAUCUUUACAAGUUAAUCUGAUCGAGUGAAAAAAAAAAACAAUAAAAACCUCGUUCUUGUUUCUGAGAUUGAUUAGACCGAGCAUCGCUGGCUGAGCUACUCGGCUAACGACGGCGGCCUCUCGCGAUGUCUCGGCCGCAGCCUCCUGAUCCUGCUCGCUCACAGGUUGAAGAUGAGCAGAAGCAGACUUGUACGAGUGGAGAGACCUCAAACUCUGACGGAAACGUUGACCCAGUGGGCAACCAGAACGACGAAGAGUUCGGAUCCGACGAGUCCGAACGGUGCUUGAAAGAAGAGACUCUGGAGCUGAACAGCGACGAUCAAGGAGACGAUCUCGACAGACUGAAUAUCAUCUGCAUCAAGGAGGAAGAUCCUGAAGAUGACGACUACCUCUACUGCGAGGUUUGCAAAUGCUUUUUCGUCAACAAGUGCGAGGUUCACGGACCUCCUCUGUUCAUUCCUGACACUCCUGUUCCAAUGGGGGUCGCGGACCGGGCCAGACGAACCCUUCCGUCUGGACUAGAGAUUCGGAAGUCCGAUGUUCCUGAUGCAGGCCUGGGAGUGUUUAAUAAGGGAGACGCUGUUCCGGUUGGAGCACAUUUCGGACCCUACCAGGGAGAUCCGGUAGACAGGGAGGAAGCAAUGAACAGUGGUUAUUCAUGGGUGAUAUACAAGGACAGACAGCGUGAAGAAUACGUAGAUGCUACAAAUGAGGUGCAUGCUAACUGGAUGAGGUAUGUGAAUUGUGCUUGUACUGAUGAAGAUCAGAAUCUCAUGGCCUUUCAGUAUCAAGGAGGGAUUUUCUACCGUUGCUGUCGACCCAUUAAACCAGGCCAGGAGCUUCUAGUGGGCUACGAAGAGGAAUACGCCAAAGACCUCAGUCCUGCGUUCGAAUACCUCUGGAACAAAAAGUGUUCCACUAAUGAGGUGAAUGGCAUCCUGUUGCAACCCUUCUCCUGCUCCUUGUGUGCACUUUCCUAUACAUCUCUGUUUCACUUCCACAAGCACAUCAAGAGAUGCCACUAUGAGGAGUAUGUGAGACUGAUGAAUUCAGGAGCUUUUGCAUAUGAAAUAUUUAAUCUGAUGCCUACCAACAGCUCUAGUGCUCAUCAAAUAGGAGCUGGCUCCUCUGGUACUUUGUGCAUUACAGCCUCUAACAGUAAACUGCAGAUAGAAAUGUAUCACUGCUCAGAUUGUGGAGAGAGUUUUGUUCAUCAGAGUGAUCUUAAACUACACCAGCUCAUUCAUGCCGGAAAGAAGAUAAAGUUGUUUCAUUGCUCAUACUGCGGAAAGAGUUUUACUCAAGCGAGUUAUCUCAGACGACACCAGCGGAUGCAUACAGGAGAAAGGCCGUAUCAUUGCUCCCACUGUGGGAAGAGUUUCGCUCAACAGGGUAACUUCCGAACGCACCUGCGCAUUCACACUGGAGAGAAGCCGUAUCAUUGUUCUCAUUGCGGUAGGGGUUUUACUCGGCAGAAUGCUCUUCAGCUCCACCAGCGCAUUCAUACCGGAGAGAGACCAUAUCAUUGCUCGGAGUGUGGGAAGACUUUUAUUCAAAAGAUCAAUCUCCAAAUUCAUCAGCGCAUUCACACCGGAGAGAAGCCAUAUCACUGCUCAGAGUGCGGCAAGGGUUUUACUCACCCGACGUCCCUUCAUGACCACCAGCGCAUUCACACAGGAGAAAAGCCAUUUCAGUGUUCACAGUGUGGGAAGAGGUUUUCUCAACAGAGUACUCUCCACAUACAUCAGCACGUUCACACACGAGACAAACCGUAUAAAUGCUCGGAUUGUAAGAAGAGUUUUACUCACCAGAGUCUUCUCCUGCAACACCAGAGCUUUCACACAGGGGAGAAGAUGUAUCACUGCUCACAGUGUGGCAAGAGUUUUGCUUACCAGCGCACUUUCCGACGGCACCAACGCGUUCACACAGGACAGAAGCCGUAUUGCUGCUCGCAGUGUGGGAAGAGCUUUACAGAAAUGGGAAAUUUCCAAAAACACCUGCGUAUCCACACGGGAGAGAAGCCGUAUCAGUGCUCGGUUUGCGGGAAGCGGUUCGCUCAGUUGGGAGGUUUCCAAAGACACCAGCGCAUUCACACAGGAGAGAAGCCGUAUCGUUGCGCGGAAUGCGGGAUGAGUUUUGCUUAUCAGACUACUUUGCAACGGCAUCAGAGCGUCCACACAGGAGAGAAGCUGUAUUCCUGCUCGCAGUGUGGGAAAAGUUUCAACUACCUCGAAGGUUUUCAAAUUCAUCAGCGCAUCCACACAGGAGAGAAGCCCUAUCACUGCUCACAGUGUGGGAAGAGUUUUACUUGCAAGUCAAAUCUCCGGCAGCACCAGCGCAUUCAUACAGGAGAGAAGCCGUAUCACUGCUCGCAGUGUGGAAAGAGUUUCACUUGCAGGUCUAAUCUCCGGCAACACCAGCGUGUUCACACGAAAGAGCAAAGCCACACAGCGAGUGCAACAACGUAAAUGUAUUUCAAAUCAAUUAGUAAAAAAAAAAAAAAAAGAACCCUAAUUUCAAGUUGCCUUGCUUCAUAGUCAGGUAGCGUUGUGAUGCAGAAGGUAGUCUUGGUGCCUCAGCUCAACAGUCAGAACAGUUUAGUAUUUGAUGUGUUCUUUCUGUCCUUCCCCCUAACGCAGACUCUAAAGUGCUCUAGGUAUCAACAUGUACGAGCAUACGAUGCCCUGUGUUGGACUCUUGUCACAUUUAUGGUGUAUUCCCAUCUUGAUUCAUUUGUUCUUGAAAUAGGCCCCUGUUUCGGGUUAAAGCUAUUAAUGAAGAAUGACAUAAGCUGAAAAUGUUUUGCAUGUUAUGUAGCAAAUGUUAUUGUAUUCUUGUCGAAAGCAUGAAUUGUAUAGUAUAUUGCAUUCAUAUGUUUUAUUUCAUUUUAAACUAAAGUAGUGGCUUAAAAGGUGCUGUGAAAAAUCUAUAUAGAACAUUUUAAUACCAAAUCAUGUUUCAUGAUAGUUCUAGCUUUCCUCUCUUGUCUCUUUGUUUUAAUACCAACAUAACCAGCAUUAUAUAUUGUGUUUAAUAUUUAAAUAAAAAGGCACAGAGUCAAAAUGGGACCCUGGCACUUAAAACACACCAAUAUAUAUAUAUUGUUUUUUUUUUUUUUACUAAAAUUGUAUUCCUAUUGUGUUAUGGGCAAAAGAUGCUGCGAAUAGGAAUAGUGUGAAUAGAAGUCCAGGUAUGCACCAGUUCUUAGUCGGUUCAGGUACAAUUUUCCACAGCAACAGGAGGUUAGCCAAAAAAAAAAAGAAGAAGUAGACCAUCUGAUUCUGUUGAGAGUCUAGAGAGUGAAAGGAGCCACAGCAGAAAAGUGUCAGGAUGUGGAACUGGUAUUACAUCGGGCAGCCGGAGUGCAAACACAACUAAGCGCGAGGGGCAGGCAUGGCACAAGGCCACCUUUGUACAGUGUCAUCCUGCCAACCCACCAUCAACCGAGCCAAGUAAUGAUGUGAAAGGGUGGCCCGACAUCAUGACACAGGAGCCAUCUGCGUUAUCGAGUAAUGGUAACAUAAAAAUAAGUAGUGCAUAGGUGCAUGCACAGGAACCAGUCCUGUGACUUUACCGCUUAAACAACUUCUGGCACCAAGAUUUAAGAAAAUAAGUUUUCAACAGAAAGUCUUUUUUGAACAAGAAAAUAAUUCGACAAAAGUUCUUUAUAGCACCUCUCUUGAAUAGCGAAUAAACUACCGAUUUAAUAGAUUGACCUUCUUGGUGCAAGCGAUUAUUUUCAGUUGUUAAACACCUCAUUACCUGUCCCUGUUAUUCAGAAAUAUGGCUUUUCAGAAUGAGUGGGGUGAACUGUUUAGGUAGAUUACAGGAGUUUAAAUGCUUUCCCAAAACUAGAAGGGUUAGCUGUAGGCACUGAACGAUGUGUGUGGUUUCUUAAGGGCUUCACAGGUGUGGUCCUUUUGACCAUGCUUUUUUUCCCAGAUCAAAUCAGAGGCACUGUUCCAGUGCUUGCAGUAGAAUAUCCAACAUAACUUCAGUGUAUAUUGUUUUGCAGUAUUGUACGUUUUUAAUCAGUUUUCAUUACAUCUGGCUACAGCACUUAAUUUGACGAGACCUUCAGCAAUGCAAGACAAGCAUUUCUGAAAGACAUGUGCCACAGAGCCCGAACAUGGGUGAACUGGAACCUGACUAAAUCCCAACCGAUAGCUGUCAACUACCUGCACUGUUGUCACAGGAAAACUGUGCUGCUGACACUAAGAGCUUAGAUCCUGUCACCUGGCAGGGACAGAACCAGACCCCCUCUUCAGACACUGCUGAGAUUAAAGUUCAAAGGUUAAUAUCAGCCUACAAGAACUCCCCAACCCAGCAGCAAAUGUCAGUACACAUCAUCUGAAUGCAAGUGCUUUCUUGUGCUUUCCUAUGACACCCAGUUUGACCAGAAAACGUCAGCAGACCUCGGUUCGGUUUUCCCGGAACUAGGAAAACGUGGAAGGUCUCUGUUGAAUCUUAAGGUGGAGCACUUGUUAUGAGAGCACUCAGGCUUAAAUUUUAUGCUGGUUGGUUCUGGAGUUCCAAUUUCAUUCAGCACCAGAGCAUUACACCAAGGAUGUGUGUGAUCAGUGAGGGUGCACUUUGGAUUGGCAUGGACAUGCUGAGUGCCAAGCUGUUAAGUGCCAUGCCUGGCAUGUCCAGAGAGACACACUUCUCAAUUUCAUACACAGGUGUUAGAUCCAGGGUGGGUCUAUGGGUGUAUGUGGACAACAUCCUUCUUGCUCAGCCAAUGUCAGUUCUCACUCUGGUGUGUGAAGUUUGGUGUCUUCCAAAAGCAAUGGUUUUAGGCACUGCGAUUUUUUUGUCAGGCUCUCACAGCCUGCCUAUGAUUACAUGGUUUAGUGAAGUCCUUUUUUCAUCCUCCUGAGGUUGAUCGAGGGACUUGGCAGGGCACUAAGAAUUUAAAUUUGACCCUCUUAAGGAAGUAAAAGUCAUAAAGGUCUUUUAUUCUGAUGUCGAUCAUGCAAAGAAACUGCCAGAUCAAGUUAUUAAAAUUUGAUCCCUUCACUGUCUCAACAAUAAGCCUUGUGGUCCACAAAAGUAUGAAAGGAGGGAUGAAAUGCAGGAUGAAUAUUAAUGAACUAUCAGAUUAUAAUUUUUUUUUUUUGUCAAAAUCUUUCAAAAGCCCUCAGUGAAUAAAGUUUGGCCAAGUGUGUCCCAUAACCUACAGUGAACAAGUUUAUGCAUUGCGUUAACAAAAUCCAUCUGGAUAUUUAACUGAAUGCCACAUGGCUGUUGGCUUUAAAACAUAGAGUAAAGGACAAAGGCGUUUUUCUCUCCCAUGAGUGGAACUCAAAAUUUUUUAAACAUUGCACUUACAAAUCAGUCCAACCACUUAGUCUUUCAUGUUUAUUAUAGUGCCGCAUUGCUGUUUAGGCAGAUGCAUUGUUUGGAUAAUGACUAUAAAUCACUUAAAUAAUAGGAAAAUAAAUAACAGUAGGUAUAAAUGUAUUCGCUGUGUAUUAAAGUUAAAUGAUGAGCUUAAUGUUGUAAAAACUCUUUUGAUAAGUGCUGCAUGGUCAUGAAUGAGAAUUAGGAAAAUGUCAUGAUGUCAAAGUUAACGAUUAACCUUUAAUUGGCACAACUGUUUUAAUUGUA